AUGGAGCCUGCUUCUCCUCAGGAGGAUGGCAAAAAGAGACAACAGAAGGAGAAGUCCAAGAAGCCGGUGCCACCAGUAGCUCCCCGGCCAGCCAGGGCUCUGUUCUGCUUAACCCUGGAGAACCCCCUGCGGAAGGCGUGCAUCAGCAUCGUGGCGCGGAAACCCUUCGAGAUCAUCAUCCUCCUGACCAUCUUUGCCAACUGUGUUGCCCUGGCCAUCUACCUGCCCAUGCCUGAGGAUGACACCAACGUUGCCAACUCCAGCCUGGAGAAGAUGGAAUAUGCCUUCCUGAUCUUCUUUGCCAUUGAGGCCAUGCUGAAGAUAAUUGCCUACGGGUUCCUCUUCCACACGGACGCCUACCUCCGCAACGGCUGGAACGUGCUCGACUUAUCCAUCAUCUCCCUCAGGCUGAUCACCAUGACCCUGGAGCAGGUCAACGCGAGGCAGGCGGGCACCUCGGGGGGCAAGGGCGGCUUCGACGUGAAGGCGCUGCGAGCGUUCCGCGUGCUGAGGCCCCUGCGCCUGGUCUCUGGAGUGCCAAGUCUUCAGGUCGUCCUGAACUCCAUCAUCAAGGCCAUGGUGCCCCUGCUCCACAUCGCCCUGCUGGUGCUCUUCAUGAUCAUCAUCUAUGCCAUCGUUGGGCAGGAGCUUUUCAAGGGCAGGAUGCACAAGACCUGCUACUACCUCGGGACAGAUGUGAUAGCCACGGUGGGCUCGGAGAAGCCGGCGCCCUGCACCACCGCUGGCCACGGCCGGCAGUGCAGCAUCAACGGCACCGAGUGCAGGGGGGGCUGGCCCGGGCCCAACCACGGCAUCACUCACUUCGACAACUUCGGCUUCGCCAUGCUCACCGUCUACCAGUGCAUCACCAUGGAGGGCUGGACACAAGUCCUCUACUGGGUGAAUGAUGCCAUGGGGAAUGAGUGGCCCUGGAUCUACUUUGUCAGCCUGAUCUUACUCGGCUCCUUCUUUGUUCUCAACCUGGUGCUGGGGGUGCUCAGUGGGGAGUUCACCAAGGAGCGGGAGAAGGCCAAGUCCCGCGGAACGUUCCAGAAGCUGCGGGAGAAGCAGCAGCUGGAGGAGGACCUGAAGGGCUACAUGGACUGGAUCACCCACGCUGAGGUCAUGGACAGUGACAGGGCCAGGGGAGAAGGUACCAGCUCUGCUCGGCUAAAGACCCUUGGUAUGAUGCCGUCGGAUGAAGGGGGGUCAGAAACAGAGAGCCUGUAUGAAAUUGAGGGCAUGAACAAGUGGAUUCUCUUCUUCCGUCAGUGGAGGCGCUGGAACAGGCUGUUCCGGAGGAAGUGCAGGGAUGUGGUGAAGUCCAAGUUCUUCUACUGGCUGGUCAUCCUGCUGGUGGGGCUGAACACGCUCUCCAUCGCCUCCGAGCACCACUUCCAGCCAGAGUGGCUGACUCGAGUGCAAG